UUCAAACUUGAGACCGAGCGAUUGGCGCGGCGCCGGAUUAGGACCGGGAUCAGGAUCGGGACCGGGGUGGGUGAGGCGAUGGCGGAAGCGGCGGCCUCCAACCAUGGCGAGGACUUCCAGCGCUGCUGGCAACUCUUUGAAGCUGAGAUACAAAACUAUGCUGGUGAUGAUCCAUUGGAUCUGUGGGACAGGUUUAUACAGUGGGCAGAACCUCUACUUCCUCCAACAGAAAAAGAUUUAUUGGUCUCAGUGUUUGAAAAGCUUGUGAAGAAUUUUAUGAAUGUCAAGAAAUAUUCAAAUGAUCCAAGAUACAUUAACUACUUGUUGAAACUGAUAAACUGCAGCACAACGCCACUUGAAUUUUGCAAUUAUAUGUACGGCCAAGGAAUAGGCCACAAAAUCAGCUGUGUUCCUACCUUGCUUGGGCAGAGGAACUUGAGGUGGAAAGGGAAAGUUUGGAUGGCAGAUAGUGUUUUCCAGAAAGGUAUUCAAAAAUUCUGCAGAACCAUUGGAUAUGUUGCUCCUCAAUAUGGGUAA